CACACACCGGACGGACCUGACAGGAUGAUAGCCAUCCCAUCCCAUCCCAUCCCAGCCCAGCCCAGACAUGUCUGUCGGGGGUGCCUGACUGACACUUCCUUUGAGCGGCGGGCGCGCGGCCCCCACCGCAUGCACGGCGUCGAUCUGGAACAGGCCCCCGAUAUGCGACAGCUGCAGGGAGGAGGAGAUGGAGAGAAAGGAGGGGGGGCAUUCAUCAGAGCAGAGCAGAACUGCAAAGGGCAGAUGAGCGGGUGGGGGAGGGGGCUGAAUGCGGCUCGUUGAUGCAGAGCACGGGGAGAUGCGGCAGGCUGGAGUGGCAUCGUGCAUACAGUCCGUACUGUACCUAAGUACCUACCUGGGUGUUCAGUAUCCGAUUAUAGGGGCGAGAUGAGUGAUGGUGUGGUGUGAGCUGAUGGCGGGUGGUGGGUGAGUGUUGGUGCCUCGCAGCGGGAGGGCACCGAGGUAUGGAGGAACAAUAUUUGGAGGCUUGGUCCUGAAUAGCAGGAGGGUGUGCGCAGUGGGUGGCAUGGUGGGUGGUGGUGGUAGCACCACCUGGUGAGGGCUUACGUUGUUCAUAUCGGAGUUGCCGACGGAUUGCGGGCGUUAUGAGGGACCUCCUACUUAACUGUACCCGUCUGUGCUUGUCCUGGCAAUUCGGCGUGUUUGCUGAGGGGAGGCGGCCCUCCCCCGCGAGUUUGCGAACAGCAAAGUGCCGUCACGUGCCUGGUCGAGCAGUCGUGGAACUUGUAACUCGGUAAAGCUGCUGCUGCCGUCGCCGAUAAUAAACGAACCCCGGAACUGGGGGCGCUCGGGCGGGACCUGCCUGCGCCGGAGCCUCACCUCAAAUGCUCCAGCCUGGCAGGCAGCAGGAUAACUACCUACAGUACUAGUACUGUAGCUGGCUGCUAACGUACUUCGUACACGAUGGCAUCAUCCACAGACACUUGAGACGCUUGGUUCGGCCCAUUGCGUCUCGUGAAUGUACGUGCUCGUCUCGUCCUGCUGUUGCUGCUGCCUGGCUGCGCAUCGCAUCGCAUCGCAUCGCAGCGCAUGAAACCUCUCUUUUCUGCCCGCGCCUCUUGGAAAUUUCCGGUGUCUUCUUCCUGCCUUCGUAGAGACUGUCAGCCUUUUAAGGCUUUUCUCGCGUUUUCAUGCCUCGUACUCGACGCCAGCAGAAGUAGCAGCAGGAGCAGCAGCAGCCUUGGAAUCAGCCUGGCGGGGUCCAGAAGCUGCUGAUUCGAUUCGAACCCCCGACCCGACCAGACACAAGGCCAGGCGCCCGGCAAAACGUCCCCGUCAGCAACGGCUUUUGGCGGCAAGGCUUGCUCGUCUUUGCGACCUGUCGUCCAGACUCCAGACAGCACAGGCUUGCGCCAUACUCCCCUCCGCGGCAUCGUCACGCGAGAGCAUCACCACGCACGCGCGCGAGCGUCUGUUCCUCUCAUCGGUCCUGCGGCCAGGCAGGCAAGGAGGGCAUCUUAGCGACAGCGUCCCUCGUCAACUCGCUCGCUGCUGCCCCGCGCUCGCAGCUACACGGCGACCCCUCCUCCUGGCCACGCCCGCGACACACACGCACACACACUCACUCACAAGCACGCCUCCGAGCUCAUCGUGACCUCCUCGCUCCCCCGCUCGCCUCAGGGCUUCCCCCGGCCACUCGCCCCUCUCACGGUGAUGCGCGCGGGUGGGCUUCCGGACGACGACGACGACGCCGCGCCUCGCUCCACAGAGCCAGCAGCUCGUCGCACCGCCGAUACCUUGACGCACGGGUGAGGGGAACGAGCUCGGGUCCGCCGCCGCCGCCGCAUCAUCACCCGUCUCCUCCUCCUCCUCCUCCCGGUCGCGCGCCAUGCAGCCGGGCAACAGCACCAUGAGUCUCAACCUGCCGUUGCGCACCAGCAACAGCCGCCGCAACCAGGACAGCCGCAACUACUUUACGAGCUACACGCCGCCGAGCUCGACCGAGGCCAUCAAUGGGCCCGUCAGGGAGCCCGCGCGGGAGCAGCCGCCCAUAAGCGAUAGGCUGAUUGUGGGUGUCGACUUUGGCACUACGUUUUCUGGCGUUGCGGCCGUCUACACCUCCACCCCCGACGACAUCGAAAUCAUCAAGACAUGGCCAGGCGGCAACGGCAUCACCUCGGACAAGGUCCCCACAGAGAUCGCCUACGACUUCCCGCCCAACGCGAGUCCCGGGUCGGAACCGGCGGCGAAAUGGGGCUUUCAGUUCAAGCCCGAGGAGUCGCGGCUCCGGUGCAUCAAGCUGUUCCUCGACCGUUCCCAGAAGCUGCCCUUUUACGUCAGCCCGCUCGACACGGCCGCCCAGCUGAAGCGCUUUAACAAGAACGUUGUCGAUGCCGUCAGCGACUACUUGACCCAGAUUUACAAGCACACCAUGGACACGCUGACCCGGCGGUACGGCGAGUCCUUCAUGGCCUCGACAAAGGUCGAGUUCGUCUUGACCUGCCCCGCCGUGUGGAGCGACGCGGCCAAGAACACGACGCUGCAGGCCGCCGAGCGGGCCGGCAUGGGCAGCCGGUCCGAGAUCCAGAUGAUUAGCGAGCCCGAGGCCGCGGCUGUCUACACGCUCAAGGCUAUCCAGCCGAACCACCUCAACGUCGGCGACAACUUUAUCGUCUGCGACGCGGGUGGCGGCACGGUAGAUCUCAUCGCGUACAAGAUCAUGUCUCUCAAGCCGCUCCGCGUCGAAGAGUCUGCCGUCGGCACCGGCGGUCUGUGCGGCAGCGCGUUCCUCAAUUACAGAUUCGAGGAGCACGUCAGGGGCAGGCUCGGCCAGACCCGCUUCGACGAGAUGAAGACGAAGAAGGGCAAGACGUGGCAGAUGGGCCUCAAGUAUUUCGAGGAGUUUGUCAAGCGAAACUUCAACGAGGACGAGUACCAGGAGGUCAACGUCCCUUUCCCCGGGCUCCCCGACGACGAACAGGCCGGCCUCGACUCCGGGUUCCUGGUCAUGACCGGGGAGCAGAUCAAGAACAUCUUCGAGCCGGUGGUCAAGGAGGUGUGUGAUCUGGUGCACGGGCAGGUCGAGAACCUGCGGGCCAAGGGAGGCAUUGUGUCGGGCAUCGUGCUCGUCGGAGGCUUCGGCCAGAGCGACUACCUGUACCGCCGGCUCAAGCAGCACUUUACGAGCGCGGCGCCACCGCCGUACAGCGAGCGGCCGACGCACGCGAGCGCGAGCGCGACGCAGGAUGGGGGCUCGAUCGAGGUGAUGCAGCCCGUGUACGCGUGGACGGCCGUGGUCCGCGGCGCAGUCCUGCGCGGACUCGAGGGCAACAUGGUUAUCUCGCGCAAGUCGCGGAUGCACUACGGCACGUCGUACGCGACCGUCUACGACGAGGAGAAGCACUCGGUCAGCGAGAGGUACUGGUCGCCGCUGUGGGAGCGGUGGAUGGUGUCGGACCGGAUGCAGUGGCACAUUGCAAAGGGCGAGGCACUCUCCCCCCUCUCGCCCGUUGCGUUUCACUACACGCGCAACUUCCGGCCCGGACAGUCGCUCAUCGUGACGGACGACCUAAUUGCGUGUGACGCCGACGAGCCGCCCACGGCGUACACGCGGGAUCUGAUCCACGUGUGCACGCUGACUACGGACCUCAACGCCGUGCCGCGGAGCCUGUUUACGCGGCUGACGACGACUAGGGGCGUCGAGUUCGACAACCUCGACUUUACGCUCGAGAUGAUUGUGGACAGCGCGGGCCUGGGCUUUGAGCUUAAGGUGGACGGCGUGCGGUACGGGCGGGUGGAGGCCGAGUUUCACUGACGGGCGUACAUAUAUAUACACACAACACAUAUCGGCUGUUUUCCACUGUUGAGGGGGCGGGGAAGGCUUGGAUAAAGAUGGGACGGAUGAGUAUUUGUAUCAAUCGCCCUUGUGAGUCCUAGCAGGCGGGCAGUGAUGGAGAGCCAAGUGAGCUCAAGUUGAGUAGAUGGCGGUGAGUCAGUCAAUCCAGUGAGCUAGCUCUCUAGGCGUCGUGCCAGGAGCAAAAAAGGAUGCUGGGACGCAACGGCCCCUUUACCGCCGUUUUGGUAUACGUACACACACGUGCCAGUGAUGUGUGAGAAGAGAGAGACUGUACAUGAUGUGCAGACAGACUGGUAGAAGGGAUGCUCCCAAGGGUGAUGGUGCUGCCUGUGUGCGUGACGAGGUGACCUGCACAAACAGAUUUUGCCCAUGACGAUGCGCUUUGAACUACCCAAUUACAAAAGGAAAGCAUGG